CAGGGCAAGCAGGACGAGGCGCGGCCGCUCUACGAGCGCGCGCUCGCGAUCCAGGAGAAGCGGCUCGGGCCCACGCAUCCCGGGACCGUCGUCGCGGUGAAGAACCUGGCGGAUCUCUUCCUGGACCAGGGCGACUACGCCGCCGCGGAGCCGCUGUUGCUCCGCCACGUGUCCGUCUGCGAGAACGCCUUCGGCCACCUGCACCCGCGCGUCGCCGUCGCGCUCCACGCGCUCGGCGAGCUCUACAAGCACCAGAACAAGCCCGACCAGGCCGCGGACCUGUUCCGGCGGUCGCUGGACAUCUUCACGCAGGUGCCCAAGGAGCGCUACUCGGACGACGUGGCGCGGUGCCUCGACGCGCGGGCGUCGCUCAUGCAGGCCCAGGGCGACUGGGCGGGCGCGUUGCCGCUCUACGAGCGCGCGCGCGGCAUCCGCGAGCGGCGCUUCGGGCCCUGGAACCACGAGACGGCGCUGAGUUUGGACCGCCUGGCCACGGCGCUCCAGGCGCUGCGGCGCCUCGACGAGGCGGAGCCCUUAUUUCGGCGGGCCCUCGCGAUCCACGAGCGGAACCCGUUCGGCCGCGACCACCCGGAGAUCGCCGCGUCGCUGACGCACCUGGCGUCGCUGCUGCGGGACCUGGGGCGCGUCGACGAGGCGGAGCCCCUGCUGCGGCGCGCGCUCCAGAUCAAGGAGAAGCAGCUCGGCCCGACGCACCCGGGCGCGGUCGACAACAUGAAGAAGCUGGGCGCGGUCUUGGAGGAGCGCGGCGCCCUCGGCGACUACGGCUUCUGCACGCCGCUCGCGCGGCGCAUCCUCCGGCUCCGGGAGCGGGAUCUCGGCGACGGCCACGCGAACGUCGCCGUGUCCUGCAACUUCCUCGCCGUCGUGCUGAAGGCCCAGGGCCUCCACGACCAGGCGGAGCCGCUCUACCGGCGCGCGCUCGCGAUCCUGCAGAAGACUUUUGGCGGCGCCCACCCGAGCGUCGCGGCGGCGCUCCACAAUCUCGCGUCUUUGGUG